AUGCCCAAACUGGAUCCAGAUGCGUAUCCAGAGCAGCCAGCAGGUCUCACAUUGGAGCAAGUUCACGUCUAUGUUCGCCACGGCGAGAGAACUCCUGUUCGAACAAUCAUGAACAGCCAUCCAGCUUAUAUCCCAGAGCACUGGCCAUUAUGCAAGAGGGAGCGAAAGUUGUCGACCAUUCCACCAUCACCAGAUAUCGGCCACGGGAAUGCACAUUCACCUGGAGGGAUCGACGUCGAGCGUGUGGUAGAAUCCCGGAAUGGCGACUUGACGUCCGGCAUAUGCAUGAUGGGUGAACUCACGGAUAUCGGACACCAGUCGACCCACGACUUUGGAAAGGCGCUGAGGAAAAUAUAUAUAGAGCGGCUCGGUUUCUUGCCUGAUUCGACCCAAUCAACGAGUCCUGCAUACUUUCGAUCUACAAACGUUCCACGGACUAUAGAAUCCCUCCAGCAGAUAAUCAACGGUCUCUACCCAAAAGGGAAGAAUCUCCAUCGACCGCGUCUUGUCGUCCGGUACGUCCCUUCUUCCUUGAAUCACAGCGAAUCCCACACUCGUCAGCCAUUCGUGGCGACGAUUGGAGAAUAUGGUGGUCGACGUAAGUCGCCUCCACAUGCUACCGAGCGUUGGACAUCUGGUGAAGUCGAUACAUUUCUGAGACGCAAAUAUCGUAGUAAUGCCAAAGACGAGAUCAUCGCCCCAAACCACAUCGGUUGCAGGCGACUGGAGCGGCUCAACGCCUCGUUUGGAAAAGCUGUAGCAGAAGGGCUCAAUUCAACACUUAAGCCACUGGACCAGCAUCUAUCCAAAUAUCUCGGCGGUGAGCCCGUGCGAGUCGACGGAAAGCCAAAGGCCUCCGGUAUACUUGAUACUAUCCGAGCGGCGAAAGCACACAAUAUCCAACUACCAGGCGAAUUCAACGACCAAAGAACUGUGGACCUACUCGAGUCCGCGGUAGUCACUGAAUGGUUUGGAGGCUACGAGAACCCAGAAUACCGGAAACUCGCUAUAGGACCAUUGCUUGAAGAUUUGCAGAAAAAGAUGCAGCGCAAGGUCGAGAAGCGGGAUCAGGAUCCGCUUAAACUGCUCGUCUACUCCACUCACGAUACUGCUAUUGUGGGAAUCACAAAUGCUUUCGACGUAUUUGAUCGCAGAUGGCCGGAUUUCACAGCCAGCGUAACAUUUGAGUUGUUCAAGCAACCUCCGCAACUCGUCAAGCAAGCCAAACUUUUUGGUUUCCCUUCCCCUAUGAAUAUGAAUCCCUCGGCUUCGAGACCCUCUCAUUAUGUGCGGAUGCGAUACCAGAACAAGAGCCUACCAUUGCCAGCGUGUGCGAAACCGGGUGAUCAUCUCCCAGGUCAUCCCGAAUUGUGUACACUUCAAGCCUUUCAAAGACACGUCAAGGGACUUACUCCAGAGGAUUGGGAGAAGGAGUGUACUCCACAGCCACCGCCAGUGAAGUCAAGUUGA